AUGGCGAACUUCGAGCUGUUUCUUUGUAUAAUUUGGCAAUGCAUAAAGUACAAUGAUUUGCCAAUCAUUGCAUUGUUCUCUCAGAUUCUUGGACUUGAUGUCUGUGCUGAUACACUAGUUGGGGAUGCUAUGAGAAGGGGUAUCUCUGGCGGUCAAAAGAAACGACUGACUAUAGGUAAUUUGAGCUCUAAGUUGCACAGAUUUGCAGGCAUUGCAACUCUCCCGUUGUACAAUAUAUUUAGCAGAGGGGAGAUGAUUAUUGGUCCCACAAAAGCUAUGUUUAUGGAUGAAAUAUCAAAUGGUUUAGAUAGCUCAACCACAUAUCAGAUUGUUGCAUGCCUUCAACAACUGGCACAUAUCACAGAUGCUACUAUACUUAUGUCACUUCUUCAGCCAGCACCAGAAACCUUUGAUCUCUUUGAUGAUAUUAUCUUGAUGGCAGAAGGUAAGAUUGUGUAUCAUGGACCCAGAAAUAAUGUCUUGGAUUUUUUUGAGAGUUGUGGGUUUAGGUGUCCCGACAGGAAAGGGGUGGCUGACUUCCUUCAGGAGGUUAUGUCUAGAAAAGAUCAAGCACAGUACUGGCACCAAACUGAACAAGGCUAUAGAUAUGUUUCUGUUGAUAUGUUAUCUAUGAAAUUUAAGGAGUCUGCUAUGGGGAAGAAGCUAGACGAGGAGCUCUCUGAGCCAUUCAUGAAGUCCCAGAGCGAUAAAAAUGCUAUUUCUUUUAGCGUUUAUUCUCUUUCUAAAUGGACACUCUUUUGCGGUUGCAUGUCAAGAGAGUUGCUUCUCAUGAGGAGGAAUUCUUUUAUAUAUAUAUUCAAAACAUCUCAGCUUGUGAUAAUUGCAUUUAUCACGAUGACUGUAUUCUUACGAACUAGAAUGGAGGUUGAUGUUGUUCAUGGAAAUUAUUAUCUAGGAGCUCAGUUUUAUGCCCUCAUCAUUCUUUUAGUUGAUGGAUUUCCGGAGUUGGCCAUGACUGUUUCAAGACUUGCAAUUUUCUACAAACAGAGAGAGUUGUCCUUUUACCCAGCAUGGGCAUAUGCAAUUCCAGCUGCCAUUCUUAAGGUUCCUAUUUCUUUGCUGGAAGCUCUAGUUUGGACUUCUCUAACUUAUUAUGUUAUUGGGUACAGUCCUGAGGUGGGGAGGUUUUUCCGCCAGCUAAUGUUAUUUUUUGUUGUGCACUUGGCAUCGUUAUCCAUGUUCCGAUUCUUGGGAUCAGUUUUCCAAACUAUGGUUGCUUCUACGACUGCGGCUAGUGUGUCGAUAUUAUUUGUGCUUGUAUUUAGUGGUUUCAUUAUCUCAAAACCCUCUAUGCCAGUUUGGUUGGAGUGGGGAUUUUGGGUUUCUCCACUAACAUAUGGUGAGAUAGGACUUGCUGUAAAUGAAUUUCUUGCUCCACGAUGGCAAAAGAUGCUUCCCUCAAAUACAACACUAGGGCAUGAAACACUUGAAAACCGUGGAUUAUACUAUAGUGGAUACCUUCUUUGGGUGUCAGUCUGUGCCUUGUUUGGGUUUACAAUCAUUUUCAACAUUGGUUUUACCUUGGCCUUAAGCUUCUUGAAGCCUCCUGGUUCUCGUGCAAUCAUUUCAAAUGAAAAGCUCUCUCAAAUACAAGGAAGUGAAGAAUCCACCAAUUGCGCACAGAUGGAAGAAAAAACCAAAAAUUCUCCUGCUAACACUACUACACAACCUUACAAAGAUAGGAUGGUUUUACCUUUUGAACCCCAAACUGUGGUGUUUCAAAAUGUGCAAUACUAUAUUGACACUCCGCCGGCAAUGAAAGAGCGUGGUUUCACUCAAAAGAAACUCCAACUUCUUUGCGAUAUUACUGGUGCAUUCAGACCUGGUGUUCUUACAGCAUUGAUGGGUGUCAGUGGAGCUGGAAAAACAACUCUUCUUGAUGUUCUUGCUGGAAGAAAAGCUAGUGGCAUUAUCGAAGGAGAAAUUAAAAUCGGAGGUUAUCCUAAAGUCCAAGAAACAUUUGCCCGAAUUUCGGGUUACUGUGAGCAAACUGACAUACAUUCUCCACAAAUCACGGUAGAAGAAUCAGUUAUUUUUUCUGCUUGGCUUCGUCUUCAACCUCAGAUCGAUUCAAAAACUAAAUCUGAAUUUGUGAAAGAAGUCAUAGAGACAAUUGAACUUGAUGGAAUCAAAGAUGCCUUAGUUGGCACGCCUGGUGUUAGCGGUCUAUCAACUGAGCAACGCAAGCGACUCACAAUUGCUGUGGAGCUUGUUGCAAACCCCUCUAUUAUUUUCAUGGAUGAACCGACAACCGGAUUGGAUGCAAGAGCAGCUGCAAUUGUCAUGCGGGCUGUGAAGAAUGUGGCUGAUACAGGAAGAACAAUUGUUUGCACUAUUCACCAGCCGAGUAUUGAUAUAUUUGAAGCAUUUGAUGAGGUAAUUCUGUUGAAAAUUGGUGGGCGUAUGAUCUACUCUGGACCAUUGGGUCAGCGAUCAAGUAGAAUCAUUGAGUACUUUGAGGGCAUCUUAGGAGUGCCAAAGAUCAGGAAUAAUUACAAUCCAGCAACAUGGAUGUUAGAGGUCACUUCUACAUCUGCAGAAGCUCAACUCGGAAUGGAUUUUGCCCAAAUUUAUCAGAAUUCUGCGUUGAUUAAGAACAAUGAAGAGCUAGUAAAGAGGUUGAGUAUUCCACCCCCUGAUUCAAAACAGUUGCAUUUUCCAACCCGCUUUUCACAAAACGGUUGGGGACAGUUCAAAUCCUGCCUCUGGAAACAACAUUUGUCUUACUGGAGAAGUCCUUCAUACAACUUGAUGCGUUCUCUGUAUAUGGUUUUUGCGUCUUUGCUUUUUGGGACACUGUUUUGGGAUCAAGGGAAGAAAAUAAACAACCAGCAGAGCUUGUUCAAUGUCCUAGGUUCAAUGUCCAGCGGUGUGAUCUUUUGUGGCAUAAGUAACUUAUCUUCAGUCUUACCAUAUGUCUCCACAGAGCGAACUGUUCUGUAUCGGGAACUAUUUGCUGGGAUGUAUGCUUCAUGGGCUUAUGCUCUUGCCCAGGUGAUAAUUGAGGUUCCUUAUAUCUUGGCCCAAGCACUUGUGUAUGUGAUCAUCACAUAUCCGAUGAUUGGGUACUAUUGGUCAGCUUAUAAGGUUUUUUGGUACUUCUAUGCCAUGUUCUGUACCUUAAUGUACUUCACUUAUAUGGGGAUGCUGCUUGUUUCAAUAACACCAAGCUUUCCGAUGGCUGCAAUUCUACAGUCUGCCUUUUACAUGAUGCUUAACCUGUUUUCUGGGUUUUUCCUACCUCGGCCGCAAAUUCCUAAGUGGUGGCUGUGGUUAUACUAUAUAACACCUUCAUCUUGGUCACUAAAUGGUCUGCUUACUCCUCAAUAUGGAGAUCUACACAAAAACAUUACGGUGUUUGGAGAAAACAAAACAGUAGCAGCCUUUUUAAAGGAUUACUUCGGAUUUCACCAUGAUCGCUUACCUAUUGUGGCUGUUGUUCUGAUUCUAUACCCUAUUCUUUUUGCCUCCCUAUUUGCAUAUUGUAUUGGGAAGUUGAACUUCCAAAAGAGGUGAAUGUUGUAAAGUAAUUUGUAAUAUGUACUUGUGACCUCUUUUUUGUCCUAUUUCGAUGGCAAAUGAUCAUAUGCCUAAGUG